GUUAGGGUUAGCGUUAGCCAAUCAGAGACAGGGUGGGGCGGGUCUUUACGGACUGCGGGUGGGAAAAAUAACGCACCUGGUCCCAGAGCUCGCUGUUGGUCUGGUAGCUGUGUUAACAGCUAUUUAGCAGUAACACUUCUAUUUUCGACCAGGAAGGAGCUGCUGUACCAUCUGCCAACAUGUCGAGCAAAAGGGCCAAGGGAAAAAACACCAAGAAGCGUCCCCAGCGCGCCACCUCCAAUGUGUUUGCUAUGUUUGAUCAGUCUCAAAUCCAGGAGUUCAAGGAAGCCUUCAACAUGAUUGACCAGAACAGGGAUGGUUUCAUUGACAAAGAAGAUCUACAUGACAUGCUGGCCUCCUUAGGUAAGAACCCCACUGAUGAAUAUCUGGAGGCCAUGAUGAAUGAAGCCCCCGGCCCAAUCAACUUCACCAUGUUCCUCACCAUGUUUGGAGAGAAGCUGAAUGGCACCGACCCCGAGGAUGUGAUUCGGAACGCUUUUGCAUGCUUCGACGAGGAGGGCACAGGUAUGAUCCAGGAGGAGUACCUACGGGAGCUGCUCACUACGAUGGGCGACAGGUUUACAGAUGAAGAGGUGGAUGAGCUCUUCCGAGAGGCCCCCAUCGACAAGAAAGGCAACUUCAACUAUGUAGCAUUCACGCGCAUCUUAAAGCAUGGUGCGAAGGACAGGGACGACUAGUGGCGGGCUUAUCACUGGACAAUGCUCAUUCCACACAUCAUGUGUACCGGUCCUGGGUUUCAACCUAAUUUAGAGCAGCAACACCGUAAAAUUUGGCUCACAAAAAAAGCUUCACUGUGGUAAAGCCUGUUGAGGUUUAUUUAUAUAAGCUGUCUGUUCUACCGUACCUCUGGCCCCUCGCUCCACCCCCCUACCCCCACCUCUAUCAUGGCUUAUUUGCACAUCUAUAAUACACCAUUAAGGGUCUGUAUAAGCUAGACAAGAAAAUCAUCUGGAUAAAGCUGGAAAUAAACUCUGAAACAGAACUUGGUAUCAUUUUGACUGACUUGGUUUUGCUGUAUUUUUUGUGUUUUGUAGCUGAUUAAAGUUUGGAGAUUUCAUUCAAAAACCUA